GGCUCCCCCGGCCCCGCCGCCGCUCGCUCGGGGCCGCCGCAGCUGAAGCGGCCGCCCCAGCCCAGCCCCGGCGCGGCGAUGAGGGGCAUCCCGGGCUUAAAGCGGCUGCGGCUCAAAAUCUGGCGGCGAUGCGCCCUGCUGCUGCUCCUCCUCUGGGCUGCCUGCUGGGUGGUGGUGAGCGCUGCGCUGUUCCUCCUCCACAGGAGCGUCUUCUCCGAGCGCUGCACGGACGAGAAAAGCCACCGGAUCCUGGCCAGGCUGUGCCUCGACUACAGCAGCGGAGCCCUGACUGGGGACCUCUGUGAAGACCUGUGCGUGGCACAGAAGCUGGUGUACAAACACUGCCUUUACUAUGAUAGAGGUAAGAAGGUCAUUCAGGCUGAUUGGAGAGGCCAGCCCAUCAUACUGAAAUCCAAAAAAGAGAUCUUUUCCAGCUACCAGCACCUCAGUAUGCUAGAGGAGGUGGAAACACAGGAUAUCCCUGAAACAGAGUUUCUGCUUAUGGUAGCUUUGGAGGUCAAAAAUGCCCUGGGGCUAGAACUGUCUAACAAUACCAUGGGGCCCCUGUGGACAAGGAAGAAGGGACCACGUUGGAAAGCACAGGUGGCCAGCAUGUGGUCCUUGCUCCAGCAGGAAGAAUAUAUCUACUUCAGUUUGCUGCAGGACCUCAGCAAACACGUGCUACGAAUUAUUGGCUCUUGUGGACACUUUUAUGCUGUGGAGUAUCUCACAGCUGGACAUGCCUGGCACAAAACUCUUUUUCCCUUGGAAAACGUGAUCAGCCCCUCCCUUACUGGACACAGAAGCAGGGUGAGAGCCAUCACUGAUAUUGCACUCAGCUUUCUGGACAUGGUGCAGCAUUUUGAUAAUGAUUUCUCUCACCGAUUUCACCUGUGUGACAUCAAACCAGAAAACUUCGCUAUCAGGCACGAUCUCACGGUGGUGGCCAUUGAUGUGGAUAUGGCCUUUUUUGAACCCAAAAUGAGGGACAUCCUGGAACAGAACUGCACGGGAGAUGAAGACUGUAAUUUCUUUGAUUGCUUUUCAAAAUGCAAUCUGAAAAUCAGAAAAUGUGGAGCACAGAGAGCCAAUAACAACUUGCAAGUAAUUUGUGACAAAAUAUUCCGUCGCUGGUUUUCCCCAAGUCUCAGAGGACCACUGGUUUCCCUGCCCCUGCAGCUGCAGCUGCAGCAAGCCGUGCAGGAGUGUGCUCAGCCAGGGCACACAGGUGCCACCGGGCACCAGAGGACUUUGAAAUCUCUCUCCGAGUUGUACCGCCUGCUUCGGGUCACUCAGCGAGAACUGCAAGGGGCAGAGUAGACACAAAAGGCAGAACUGCAAAGGCUACAUCCCAGUCUCUCUGCCAUCCCUCCUAACCUUGUACUUUUACAGCACAGAGAUUGCUUUUCUGCUAUGCAAAUGAAGUUCAUGGCUGCAGGUGCAGCACGUCCUGUUAAUAUCCUCUCAAGUGUUAAAUUGCUUUACAUUACUUGGGUUCUGUUCUUGCUUAUUUUCCUGAGCCAGCGCUACCCCUCUCCAUCAGCAUUCAUCACAUCCUUCUGAGCUGUAGUCACUGCUCAGAUAGCAUCUAAGUGUGAUGCUCAGAGGAUGCAUUUACAGAAGAAAAGUGUAAGUGCAGCAAAACUCUAUCAAUAAUUAAAAUAAUGGGUGGGUGGGUGUGAAUAAGUACAUGCAUGGUGUUUGUUUUAGUUUCUCCAUCAUAUGAGGGUUUUUUUUUACAGUAGAGACAGAGUGUUCUUUGUGAAAAAAAAAAGGGGAUCUCAAGCAGGGAAAUGUGCUGUCACACAAGCAAAGAGUUGCUUUUGUACAAAGCAGUCCUUUCUGAUGUCCCUAAAUGCAUUUUCUCUGGGGCAGUGCGUUACCUGUGUCAUUGCUAACUUUUUGGGGAGAAAUUAUAUAAAAGCUCUUCGGACUUUUCUAGAGCACAAUAAUUAUACCCUUGCUGAGUUCCCAUGUGGGUACUCAUAUUCUGCAGUGAAGAAGUAUGAAUAAUGCCACUGGAUUUUCCCAUGUGAACAAGCCCUCAGGCACUUGUACAUCAGAGUACUUGAUAAGAAGCACUCCUUUGCCAGAGAGCAAAAUUGCCCAGGAAUGUCAACAAUCUGUCCUUUGCACAGAACAAUAUCCAGACCCAGAGUUUUCUUCCACAGUAUUUUUUUAAUGAACAAAAGGAAAAUUUUUGUACAAAUCCAUUAUCUUGCAGUCAGUUACAUAAAUAAAGAUCUCUAGAGUAACUUAAAAUCAUUAA